CUGGCUGCGCCGCCCGCCGGCUCCGAGCAGGUUGUCCUGGGCUGGCGCGCGCCGCCAGGUUCCUGAGUAAAUAAGGGAGAGAGAGUCUCCCGAGCACCGUAAAUAGAGUGCAAGUGGGCGGGGAACCGCCGCGCGACGUCUGCCCAUGUCGCUGCAGGGUCGCGUGUCCGGCCGCCUGGCACAGCUGCGCGUGGCGGGGCAGCUGUUGGUCUCCCGGCGCCCGUGGCCCGGCCCCCCCGCUGGGGCUUCAGGAACCCGAGGCAGCGCGUGCGGCCCCCCGGCGUCCCCGGGCGAGCUCGGACCCCGCGCGCGGACCUCGGCGGGAGUUGGGGCUUGGGGGGCGGCGGCCGGCCGGCCGGCCGGGGUGCGCACCUGGGCCCCCUUGGCCAUGGCCGCGAAGGUGGACCUGAGCACCUCCACCGACUGGAAGGAGGCAAAAUCCUUUUUGAAGGGCCUGAGUGACAAGCAGAGGGAGGAACAUUACUUCUGCCAGGACUUCAUCAGGCUGAAGAAGAUCCCGACGUGGAAAGAGAUGGUGAAAGGGGUGUCUGUGAAGGUGGAGAACCCCAAGUACAAGAAAGAUAAGCACCUGAAUGAGAAGAUCUCACUGUUCCGCGGCGAUAUCACCAAGUUGGAGGUGGAUGCCAUUGUCAAUGCCGCCAACAGCUCCCUGCUUGGAGGUGGAGGUGUGGAUGGCUGCAUUCACAGGGCCGCCGGGCCCCUGCUCACUGAUGAGUGCCGAACCCUGCAGAACUGCGAGACAGGCCAGGCCAAGAUCACAGGCGGAUACCGCCUGCCAGCCAAGUACGUCAUCCACACCGUGGGACCCAUCGCCCACGGAGAGCCCAGUGCCAGCCAGGCCGCUGAGCUCCGCAGCUGCUACCUGAACAGCCUCGACCUGCUGCUGGAGCACCGGCUCCGCUCCGCGGCUUUCCCCUGCAUCUCCACCGGCGUGUUUGGCUACCCCAAUGAGGCAGCUGCUGACGUGGUGCUGACCACCCUGCGCGAGUGGUUGGAGCAGCAUAAGGACAAGGUGGAUCGGCUGGUCAUCUGCGUGUUUCUCGAGAAAGACGAGAAAAUCUACCAGCAGCGGCUGCCACACUACUUCCCUGUGGCCUGAGGCUCCCGCAGCCCAGCCUGAAUAGGACCGAUCCCUCAGGGCCUGCAGGACCCUCCUCCCAGCUCUGAGAAGUCUCCCAAGCCUGAAGCUUGGCGCAGGCUGAACCACCCAGCCUUCCCCUCAGGACCCUG